AUGUUCAGGACGAAACGCUCGGUGCUCGUUCGGCGGCUUUGGCGGAGCCGUGCGCCUGGCGGCGAGGAGGAGGCGGCGGCAGGCGAACCCGGCGCAGCAGCCGAGGCCCGGGCGCAUGUUUGCGGCGGGGGGCGCGGGUGCUGCCCGGGCAAGGCGGGCCGCGGCAGCCGGGCGUUCGCGGGCGCGGAGGCGGAACUGAAGGCGCUGACCCAUGCCGUGCUGAAGCGGUUGAAGGAGCGGCAGUUGGAGAGGCUGUUACACGCCGUGGAGUCCCGCGACGGAGCGCAGACCCCCUGCCUCCUGUUGCCCGCCAAGGCCGACUCACGCUUGGGCCAGCACUGGUAUCCGCUGCCCGUGCUACUCUGCAAGGUGUUCCGCUGGCCCGACCUCCACCACUGCUCCGAAGUAAAGCGGUUAUGUUGCUGUGAAUCCUACGGCAAGGCUCAACCCGAGCUCGUCUGCUGCAACCCGCACCACCUCAGCCGGCUCUGCGAGCUAGAGUCUCCCCCUCCACCCUACUCCAGAUAUCCAAUGGAUUUUCUCAAACCAAUUGCAGAUUGUCCAGACUCUGUGCCUUCCUCCACUGAAACAGGGGGAACUAAUAGUCUAGCCCCUGGGGGGCUUUCAGAUUCCCAAGUUCUUCAGGAGCCAGGGGAUCGGUUACACUGGUGCAUGGUGGCAUACUGGGAAGAGAAAACACGUGUGGGUCGGCUGUACUCUGUCCAGGAGCCCUCCCUGGAUAUCUUCUAUGAUCUACCUCAGGGGAAUGGUUUCUGCCUCGGACAGCUCAACUCGAACAACAAAAGCCAACUGGUGCAGAAGGUCCGCAGCAAGAUCGGCUAUGGCAUCCAGCUUACCAAGGAAGUGGACGGCGUGUGGGUGUACAACCGCAGCAGUUACCCCAUCUUCAUCAAGUCAGCCACACUGGACAACCCUGACUCCAGGACGUUGAUGGUUCACAAAGUGUUUCCAGGAUUUUCCAUCAAGGCUUUUGACUACGAGAAGGCAUACAGCUUGCAGAGACCCAACGACCAUGAGUUCAUGCAGCAACCAUGGACCGGAUUUACUGUUCAGAUCAGCUUUGUGAAAGGCUGGGGCCAGUGCUACACGAGACAGUUCAUCAGCAGUUGCCCUUGCUGGUUGGAGGUUAUUUUUAAUAACUGA